GAGCUUCAGUGGAUUAUUUUUCAUCAAUAAUGCAUAACAAUAGUGAAAAUUGCUUAUGCAUUCACUGCUCCUCUCACAAUGCAUAGAAAAUACGCGACAGGUGCAGUGGGCGGGCGCGCCGGCGUCGGCGGCAGCAGCGCCAUGCACACGUCGCGGCACUCCGUCACCUCGUCCUCGGGCGUUCUCAUGGUUGGGCCCAACUUUCGAGUAGGCAAGAAGAUCGGCUGCGGCAACUUUGGGGAACUCAGACUCGGGAAAAAUCUCUACAACAAUGAACAUGUAGCGAUCAAGAUGGAGCCUAUGAAGUCGAAGGCUCCCCAGCUGCACUUAGAGUACCGAUUUUACAAGUUAUUAGGCACUCAUGCACCGUCAACGGCGGAAGGGAUCCCGGAGGUGUACUACUUCGGUCCUUGCGGUAAAUACAAUGCGUUGGUGAUGGAGCUAUUGGGUCCGUCACUCGAGGAUCUUUUCGACCUGUGCGGCCGUCGGUUCUCUCUAAAGACUGUCUUAAUGAUCGCUAUGCAGUUGUUACAUCGCAUCGAGUAUGUCCACACAAGACAUCUAAUAUACCGAGAUGUUAAACCAGAGAAUUUUUUGAUAGGUAGAACAGCAACUAAACGAGAAAAAAUCAUCCACAUCAUUGAUUUUGGUUUAGCCAAAGAAUAUAUAGACUUAGAGACAAACAAACAUAUCCCUUACCGGGAGCACAAGUCACUCACUGGGACCGCGAGAUACAUGUCAAUAAAUACACAUUUAGGAAAAGAACAAUCUAGACGCGACGACCUAGAGGCUCUCGGGCAUAUGUUUAUGUAUUUUUUACGUGGUUCCUUACCCUGGCAGGGUUUAAAAGCUGAUACACUCAAAGAAAGAUACCAAAAAAUUGGUGACACCAAACGGGCAACACCCAUUGAGGUGCUGUGCGAGGGGCACCCCGAGGAGCUGGCCACGUACCUGCGCUACGUGCGCCGGCUGGACUUCUUCGAGACGCCGGACUACGACCAGCUGCGGCGCAUGUUCCGCGACCUGUUCGAGCGGCGCGGCUACGUGGACGACGGCGAGUUCGACUGGACCGGCAAGACCAUGUCGACCCCAGUGGGAUCGAGCCAGACCGGACACGAGGUGGUGGUGUCUCCUAACCGAGAUAGACAUCAACCUUUCAAUAAGGGUGGGGUGAAGGACUCGGGGGGUACAGCGAACACGGGGGGCAACUGGCCCCACAGUGGAAAAGCUACCCCGCUCACUACGGGCCAUCUUACCCCGGCAGAUAGACAUGGAUCGGUACAGCUGUUGAAGAAUAAACAUUUUCGGUAUGUGAAAUUCCCCGGAUCAGUUACAACGGUGGUGUCAUCGACGAACGGCGAACUCGGGGCCGACGACCCCACCGCCGGUCACAGCAACACGCCGAUCACCCAGCCCCACCACGAGGUGGACGUCGUGGACGACACCAAGUCAGUGUUUCAGCUGCAAUCCUACUAUUCCAGGUGCUGCUGCUUCUUCAAGCGCAAAAAGAAGAAGUGUGCGGCGCGCGCGGGCAAGUGACGCGUGACGUGACCCGCCCCCCUGCAAGCCACCCUGCAAGCCACCCAGCACCCCGCCACCCCGCAGCCACCCCGGCACCCGCUUCCCGAACGAUCUCACCGACUCGGUAACACCCUUCAUGCAACGCAUCGAACACUCGGGGACUUUCAAAUCGUUCUAAUUUUCUCUUAUUCGUACUUGUCGAUUCUGACUCGCAUUUGUAGUCUGCGGUUGGUAUUUUGUUUUCUUUCUCGUGUAGCAUUAUGCGGCGAUGAGGGAAAGGGAUGGUCAUAGUGGCAACAGUGCGUCGCUGACUAGUUCCAGCCUAUUAUAUUAACCGAAUCAGAAGGGAAAGAUACGAAAGUAUUUAUCUUUCUCAACUCUAUAGGUUAACGUGUAGACUAGGGUAAAACCUAAUGUAAAAAGACACGGCUGAACUUAAGUACGGAUACUAUGUUAUUUUGCGCCUAUGGCGCUUGUAUUUUCAGCAGAAUAAGUUCAGCUGCGCUCUUUUCGUUAUAAUUAACCUUAUACUAUUUUGAAUAGGCUGUCCUUUUCAAAAUAGUGUAAUAGUGUUGAAAACAGAGGAUAUAAGAUACAAGAGUCUCUUUACCUUAACUUAUUAACUAUACUAAGGUUGUUCUCCACACUUUACCAUAGCACUAGUUGAUCAGCAACGAUCGAAAUAGAAUAUAUAUAUAUUACAUAUAGAGUACAUUAUCUCCUUUUCAAACCCCAGAAUGAUUAAAAAUAAUAGGAAAAAAAAUCAAAACAAUAUUUUUUUUUAUUAAUGUUUUUUUAUACUUACAAUUACAAAAAUUUUCUUAAUAAACUACCGUGGUAAAGCAGUGUUAGUCACACAUGAAAAAUAUAGAACAAAAUCAAGAAUUGUUUAAUUAAAUUAAAUUUCGAAAGUAAAUAUAAACAACAAUCUCGUAUUCCAUAUUAUUAAGUAACAUUAAAUCCAUAUAUUAUAAACGUAAUUAGUAAACAUUAAAAUAAUGGGUACGUAUUCAGGUUUCUUUCAAAUGCAACAACUGGUUGUGAAUCGGAAUAAACACUAUAAUUGUCCAUUCGUCAAGGGUCAAAGGAUAACACCUUACCGGAACGUACCCAUAUAUAACACUAAUUAGAAAGAUCAUUACUAGGGAUGCACAUUACGAUUUCAUUUUUAUGAAGAUCGAUUUAAUUGAAUACGAUUUGGCGAUUAUUUGAAUCGAUUCAUUUCAAUGCGAUUUUUAAGCGAAUCGAUUCAAUAUUAAGGCCAAUUUAAUCGUCUAGAUUGUAUUCAUAAUUUAAACAAAAGUCUCAUAAAGAUGAGGACAAUGCUUUGGGCAUUAAGUUAUAUGAAAUUAUUAUUGAAAGUUUAGUUAGAUGUAAAGGAUUGGCAAUUAAAUCAUGUAAUAAUUAUUACAAAUUUUCAAACGAUUUUUAUGAGAUCAAUUCAAGAGGAGAGAAAAAUACAAUACAACUCUAUGUUUACGCGUUACGCUCGGUAUGUGUAACACGUAAAUAUACUCUUUAGGUAAACAUAGACUUUAGGUAAAAAUACUCUGGCUAUGGUCAAAUGUGGAGAACAACCCGCGUAGCACCCAACUCAGCAUGAUGGGCUUCAAUCGUGUCAGAAUCGAUAUAAUUCAUCGCAAAGCUUCUAGCACCGUCUAGCGUAUAUGGUUUCAUCAAAAUUGUAUUAGUAAUUGUUUUUUAACGCGCUAAUAUUUAAAUAAAAAGUGACAGUCGCGAACUUUCGAACGAUUUCGAGACCGAAUUUCCUAUCGGGAAGUGUUUAAUGUCGAUUAUUACCUUAUAAAACGUAAUUUCGGAUAAACUUAGUCAAAUACCGUAAUGAUACGAAAUAUUCAAGGCUCAUGUGGGGAAAAUGGCGUAAGUAAUAAAUUUUAAAAAUGUGCGGGUGGCUGUCUUCGUUUUUGUGUUCCCGUCCGUAGAAAAUUACGUUUCGUUUCACCGUCACUAAAUUCACCGUGAAAUGAAAGGUAGAAACAUAUUGUGUCAAAUCACACUGGAAUUAUAUUUAAUGUAAUUAGAAACAGUUGAAAAGUGUUCUUAAUUAUCGCCGAACGGAGAUUAUUGUAGGUUUUAAGAGAGAACCUCGAGUGUGAAUCACUUUUAAAAUAUGUUUCUAAAGCGCCAUUUGCAUUAUUCUAAUCGACGUGUGCUUAAUGGGUUAUUCCAAAUUAUUUAUUUAAAUGAAAUACAAUACAAAAAGUAAUAAGAUAAACAUUUGAAAUGGGUCUGUGACAAAGAGUACUAUGGAGUUACUAUAACUAAUUGUAGCAAAUAACCUUUCGCACUGAAAUUAUCAUAAUGUAAAUGUGGUUUUACUCCUUUCAUCUUACGAAGUCGCGCAUCUACCCUCACUCGCAUAAAUUGUGUCCAUUCCAACUCAGCGUUCGAACAAAUCACCCGAUUUGUACAUUAGUUCAUUUAUCAUUAUAUAAACUGCUGUAGUUAUAAUGAACUCUGCAUUCGUUCACUUGACCGGUUCCGAGUUGAAUUUUUUAUGUACACAUUUCAUCAAAUAAAUUAUAUGUCGCCGGGUAAAACUUGAAAACCUCGUAAUUACGUUUUUCGGACGUUGACAUCUCAAACGUCCAGAAAUCGAGUCCGGGACCUCGAGAGAUGACAACACCAUGAAAGUCGGUGUACAAGCUGCUUUACCACAGAGAUUGGCAAAUAGAAAGUCAUAUAAUUAUUUCUGGUAAUGCUGUAUUUUGUGCGUACUCAAAAGUUCACGGGUUACGUCAAUUAGUGUUGUAAGGGACGAUAUGAUAUAUCAUAUGUGGUAUAAUUUUGUUCUGCAAAAAUUAACUUCACCUUUUAUUAAUAACGUGUAUAGCUCUCAGUGGCACUGCAAAUGUUAUGGACAGGCGUGUCGCUUACCAUCAGGGGCACGACUUAUUCGUCCCUUCACUUAUCAUACAAAAAUAUAUAGCCAAUCUUUGCAAUUGAAAACAGAAUAUUUAAAUAAGUGUAAUUUAAGUCAAAUGAAACUUGCUCAUUUUUACUUUUAUUCAAAAAUAACGUUAAAAGAUGGUUACCCUUAUUUAUAUAUAUAGGUUGAUUUAAAUCAGAUUAAAGUUGUACCUCUUUGCCACUGUACACGCAAGAAAAAGAGCGAUUUGAAAAAGUACUGCUUUAAAGUUUUUGUAACCGAAAUUGAACUUAAAAACCGAAAAUUAUGGAAACAACAAAAAGCAAAUUAUAUUAGAGGUAAACUCCCAAUAGCGCAAACGUCUAUUGACUAUAAUGCAGUAUUAAGUUACACGCUCUGAAUGUUUUGCUUUGAUAAAGUAAAAUACAGUAUUAUAGUUAGUGACAUCUAAUAAUAUAGAACUUUUGUGUAACUCGCUGAUAGUUUCAUUGGCAAUAUACUAAUUUAGAUGUGCUAAGUGGGUUAGCUACACUAUUAUUGCGUUUGCAGAAUAACCCACUUAGCUCACAUAAAUUAGUAUAAUAAAAAUAGCGAAUUAUUGAUUUAAAAGUACAGUCGGCUCAAUCGGAGCGAACGUUUGCAGAGUUAAUUACGUAUCGCUUUGUCCCAUUUGUGUUAGGCAAUGAAAUAUUAUUUUUUUACGUCCUCGGCGAGUUUUAAUCGUGAAUGCAGUGAGUUUUGUUAUGUUAGUAAUGAAACACGUACCAAUAUUAAAGUGACUAUCUUGUGUUUGUACGAGUUACGGUGAUCGGUGUAUUGAAUAUUGGAGUUUUAAAUUAACUCGUAUGUUUUAAGCAAAUAAGGCUUGAAAUCGGAAUGCAAAUUCCAAACGACCUCAAGGUGCAGACGGCAAAUAUAAUGGUAGUGGAAAGUGUAGUAUAUAAGCCAUAUAGCAUUGUUAGUCAAUCUCCUAGAUGGGUUUGUGAUAUACAAUUAUUUAUCAAGUGUGUUCUCUUCAUUGCGUCUGCAUUUUUACCGUGAACGUUAAGAAAUUCUUCUUUUAAUGUAGACCACGCUGUCGUAGGGGAGGUCCGAUCUAUUUUGUCACUUUUGAUUGCGACGUCCAUCUUGUAUUCGGCCAUAUUGACAUUUAGCACAGUUUGCCAACACGAGAUUUAAAACUGGUGCAAUGUUCAACACACCGAUUGUAUGCAUAUUUAUAAAUUAUAGUUUUAUUAAGUCAAACAAUUUAACUAAGUUCAGUUUGUGCGAGGUACUUGUAUGAUAACAAUAUGUAUAUGUUAUUGGCACUUUCCUAUAGUGAUGCCACCUACUUUCCUAUCUUUAUUUAUACCGGGGUGCCUGGAAACGCUGGAAUAAACCUUUUAGCGGGAGAACUAGACAUGAAUUGCCCUCGUUUAGCUUUAUUCCACGUUUGCAGAUACCCCUUAUUGCUGUAGUUUGAGAAAAUGAGGUAACUUCAUGCGAUUUUAUGCAAUAGGUAAGGAAGCUAUAGAGUAAACGAAUUAUUUUCAACAGAAUUGCAGUGUGAUGACGUUGUUGCUCUUAAAAAUUAAAAUAAACAUUGGUUGAUUAUAAUUUGACAUAAUGUAUGUUAAACGUGCAAUAAUUUGUGUAGAAAUUCACAUCGUUACAAUAGAUAAUAAAAUUUAGAUUUUUUUUUUCAUAAUAAGUCAAGAGAAUUAGUUUGAAUCGAUGUAAACGAUGGAGUCCCGAAUGAACUGACUUC